AUGGCAGCACAGUCCAAGCCAUCAGCCCUGCAGCUGAGCACCUUCACAAAGGUGAUGUCCAUCCCUAGGGAGAAGAGCUACACCGACCUUCCGGUGACCGUGCGCGUGAAGGCGCCGGCGGAGAUGACGACGCUCCAUGAGCGCGUCCCCGUCGAUGUCGUGGCGGUGCUCGACGUCAGCGGCAGCAUGGCCUGGGACUACGGCAACGGCACCACCAUGGAGAACCAGAGGUUGGAACGGGUGAAGGAAGCCAUGGCGAAAGCCAUCCAGACUCUGGGCGGUGGCGCCCGAAACCGCCUCGCCGUGGUGCCGUUCAGAGAUGUGGUGAAAGAUGUCACACCACUUACGGAGAUGGACAAGGAAGGCCAGCAAAAAGUCAAAAAUGUGGUGGAUGCGCUCAAACCAGGGGGUCAGGCGGACUAUUUCAUGCCCUUGAAAAUAGCCGCAAAGGUAAACUUGAAUUAG